AUGUCUGGAAAACCUCCUGUGUAUAGAUUACCACCUUUACCAAGACUAAAGGUUAAGAAACCUGUUAUUAGACAAGAAACCAAUAGAUGUCUGGUGUUGAUGUCCAAUUUACUUCAAUGUUGGUCUUCCAAUGGUCACAUGAACCCAGUUUGUGAGAAUUUAGCGAAUGAAUUGAAGACUUGUACUGCUAAAAAUGCAUUAGGUAAUACUCAUAAAGAACAAAAAAGUAACAUAAAUUAUCAUGCAGCAAGAUUAUAUGAUAGAGUUGGUGGUAAACACCAUGAUUAG